AGAGGCUGAAAGUGCAUGGGCUUUGCUUCAUCCCUCUUGAACACAACGAACGACAAUCAUCCAAAACAAUGUCUCUCUCCGCUCACGACAAGGAAAUCGUUGCUAAGACAUGGACCAAGAUCGCCCCCAAGGCGGCUGAGAUCGGCGGUGAUGCUCUGGGAAGGUUAAUCGUCGUCUUUCCCCAGACAAAGAUCUACUUUUCUCACUUCGCGGAUCUCUCCCCCACUUCUCCGCAGAUCAAGGCUCACGGUGCCAAGGUCCUAGGCGCAAUUGGUCAGGCCGUCAGCGGCAUUGACAAUGUGAGCGCCAGCCUGUCCAAGCUCAGCGAGCUGCACGCCUACAACCUCAGAGUGGACCCAGUCAACUUCAAGCUUUUGGCUCAUACCCUGCUGGUUACCCUGUCUGCUUCUCUGGGCGCUGAAUUCACUCCUGAAGUCCACCUCGCUUGGGACAAAUUCCUUGCCAUCGUCGCCACCGUCCUGUCUGAGAAAUACCGAUAGAUCUUUACAGGGGCGUGAAAGGGUAGUCUGCGCGCUGUCCCGGAUAGAAAGCGUACACCAAUAGGCUGAUAACACCGUUAUGCUGUUCUGUCUGUAUAUGAUAUUUGUUGUCCAUGCACUCCCCUGUUUUUUUCUCAAUAAAAAAAAUAAAAUGAAAUGAAAUUCA